AUGGGCGCAGAUGUUGGCGCACAAGAGAAGACAGUGAACGCUUUGGAAGGUGGUCAAGAUGGCGAAACUCCUACUCCAGCGCCGGCUCGACCAGCUGAGGAGAAGCCAGAGCCGACAUUUGAUACUGGUUUAACAGCCUGGCUGCAAGUUGUGGGUUCCUUUUUCCUCUUCUUCAACUCAUGGGGUGUGGUGAACACAUGGGGUGUUUAUCAGACAUAUUAUGAGCAGACUAUCCUAUCCGAUAUGCCGUCGUCAACUAUAGCGUGGGUUGGCUCACUGCAGUCCUUCCUUCUCAUGCUGUUCGGUGUCGUCACAGGCCCCCUUUUUGAUGCUGGAUAUUUCCGUGCGCUUAUCGGGUUCAGUACCAUCAUGUUACCAUUUUCCCUAAUGAUGGUUAGCAUUUCAUCACAGUACUGGCAUUUUAUCUUGGCCCAGGGAAUCUGUACUGGUUUAUCCUGCGGAUGCCUAUUUGUCCCAGCAGUUGCGAUCUUGCCUCAAUACUUCAAGGCGAAGAGAGGGCUUGCGAACGGUAUUGCAGCCUCUGGAAGCAGUAUCGGCGGAGUUAUAUACCCGAUCAUGUUCAACCAAUUGCAGAAGAGGGUCGGCUUUCACUGGGCGACCCGCGCAAUAGGCUUCCUCGCAUUCGGGACGUGCCUCAUCUCAUUCUCUAUCAUGCGCAUGCGUUUCUACCCAACGGAGAAGCGUAGGCUGCUCCAGCUCGGCGCUUUCAAAGAGCCUCUUUUCGUGCUCUUCUCCAUCGGCAUGUUCAUGGGGUUCCUCGGCUUCUACAACUUCCUCUUCUACGUCCAAUCCUAUGCUAUCGAUACCGGUAUAGUGGACAGCAAUCUAGGUUUCUACCUUCUUUCGAUGCUCAACGCAGGAUCCACCUUCGGGCGAAUCAUGCCCAACUUCAUUGCCGACCACACAGGCCCACUAAACAUGCUCGCCCCGGCCGCUUGCAUUACUGCCAUCCUCUCGUUUGUCUGGAUUGGCGUCCACACCGUCCCUGGGAUUAUCGUCUUGUCCGUCAUGUACGGAAUUUUCUCCGGCGGUUUCGUCUCACUACCACCCGUGGUGAUGGCUUCAUUAACCAAGGACAUGCGAGAGCUCGGAACCCGCAUGGGCAUGGUCUUUGCGAUUACAUCCAUCGCAUUGUUGAUCGGAACCCCGAUUGGAGGUGCAAUUUUGAGCCAUUCACAUAGCUACUUGGGCGUCCAACUGUUUACGGGGUGCGCGUUGAGUGUGGCGGUUGCUAUAUUUGCAGCAGUCAGGUUUUCUCGCACAGGCCCGAAACUUGUCGUUCAGGCCUGA